AUUACAAAUCAGAGAACUUUACGGACGCGUAUCUUGAUCUGUGGAAAAUUGCUAAUGAUUCUGCUUUUCAUUUUGAACGUAUUUGAGAUUAUCAUUAUAAUGCUGAGUAGGGAAAAGCCAUCCGUGUUCAGUCACUGUUACAUGGAUGCGGUCUCAAUGGAGAUAAGCCCCGAGAGUUUAAGUUCAAUCGAUGAUGGGGGCCCUAUACCUCUGGAGGAUGUCCUACUUGCAAAAGACAAACCUGUGCCAGGGAAAACCAUAUUUCUGUUAGAAACAAGCUGUCCCUGUUCAGACUCUCAAUUUGAUUUGCUUGCUCUGACCUCACGACAGGCUUGUGCCAUCGAAUCGGCCGCGUUGCAUAAUCCAAAUCUCCAGGUGUUUGUUUUGCUCGCCUGCCAAACCUCCCGCCACCAAUCCGAUCCCAUAACUGAUGCCAUUAUAAGCUAUAAGAAUGUAAAGCUCCGUCAUGUCAAUCUAUGGCGAUUUGCAGAAGGUACUCCUGUUGAGGAUUGGGUGAAGAAGGACGAACUGUUUCGAUCCAGAUAUCUAAUGAAUAACAUAUCCGAUCUCCUACGCUUACUAAGUCUAUAUCGAUUUGGCGGCAUCUAUAUGGACAUGGACGUAGUGGUUUUGCGCAGUUUUGAGGAUGAGCCGCUUAAUUUUGUAGGUGUUGAAUCAGAGAAAUAUAUUGGAAAUGCUGUAAUAAGUCUGGAUCCAAAGGGAUCUGGCCAUAAACUUGGAGAGCUCUUCUUGCGCGACUUUCAGAAAAACUAUAACGGCGAUAUCUGGGCUUACAAUGGACCCAGAAACAUAUUUACCGUAAUGACAGAGGUUUGUGAUACAGAUGACGUUCAUCUCAUGGAAAAGGAUCGUAAUCGUUGUCAAGGCAUGAAGGUGUUCCCAAGCAAUGCCUUUUAUGAGAUUGACGGUGGACAGUGGACUCAUUUCUUUGAGCCGAAGUUUGCUAAUGAAACUCUAGAGAGGCUGAAGAAUUCCUAUCUGACACAUAUAUGGAAUCGAAUUAGUACGAGGCGCUCCCUUAGGGUUGAUUCCAAGGCAGCUUACAUUCAGUUGGCGACAGAACAUUGUCCCAGGGUCCUAGCGGCAACAAAAGAUCGUUUCGAUUAAUUUAAGAUAUUUCUAUUAUGAAAGUUAUAAAAAUAAUCAAGGAAUAUAGAAUUAUAUAAUCUUGAUCAAGAAUAUAUAUACUUUAUGAGGUCAGAGAUGCCUACCUCUCUGUGUUAUUUACAUUUCCACGAA